CUUACUCCUCAUCACCGUCUUAGCCUAGCAAUAACAUGGCAUCUGUGUUUGUCCUGCUCAUCGUGUUGAUCUUCCAGCAUCCUGCUGUAGGAUUCUUUUUCAAAAAGUUACACAAGUGUGAUGUUUCCCAGGUGCCUCAGUUCUCCCAGACUACUGUACAACUCCAGGAUGUUCAUAUAGUAAAAGAAGCGCUUAGAGCACCAAUAUACAAGCUAUCUGCAGUGCCCUUAACAAGCACAGUCCCUUAUACCACUUCAAGCCUCUUCCCCAUAAGAUCUGAAACCAGCAAAUUGCAGGUGACAGAGACGUACGUGAUAACGACCACUGUGGCUAUUCCAGUGUCUCGCAUUCUGAGCACCACCCUCUCUCUCACCACAACUCUUGUGAACUUUGCUACCGUUAUCAACCCCCAACCACUAUACUGUCUUCAAUACUGUUGA